AUCUUACGGUUUUUAGUUGAGACCCGAAUCGGAGCCCAAAAACCAAACCAGACCACCACGGUCUAGUCCUAGAUUUAUUUUAGCUUUAGUAAAAACCUUGGAAUUCGAUCUACACCAACAAGACAAGACCACGGUACUCUCUUUUUCCCGCAUAAUAAAAUAACGUUUUCCAAGGUUUCGCGGUAAAUUUAACCGAAACCCGCCGUGAAAGAAACUAAGGCAAACCUCAAAAUCUCUCUCUCUCUCUCUCUCUCUCUCUGUCUCCGAGAGAGAGAAAUAGUAGAAAAUACCGAACGGUCAGAAAUUUUGGCUGAAAGCAAAUUCAAUAUGGACGAUUCGACACUCCAAACACCACCGACUCAAUCAGCUCUGAGAACCCUAAUCGCACCAUCUUCUUCGUCUUCGUCGCAGCUGAAUCUCUCAGCUGAAGCGGCGUCGAAACACAUAGACCGUCUCUUAAACUCGAGCUACCACACGGGUCCCUCGAGAACGAUCUACUCCGACCGGUUCAUACCCAGUAGAUCCGGGUCGAAUUUUGCGCUUUUCGACUUGGUUUCGCCGAAGGCGAGCUCUACAGCUGAGGGACGAGAAGACACGUCAAGUGCCUAUGCCACGCUCCUACGUACCGCUCUUUUCGGCCCCGAGGCCUCCGGCGGAGUUGCUUUUCCGGCCACGCCCGAUAAGAGAUCCACCCCCAGCCGGAAUAUUUUCCGGUACAAGAGCGAGACGCGCCGCUCCAUGCACUCGCUUUUGCCUUUUGGAUUCGACGAGGCCGUUCAGGGGGUUAAUCAUAGCCCGGUCAAGGCUCCCCGGAAGGUUCCACGGUCGCCUUAUAAAGUUUUGGAUGCACCAGCAUUGCAAGAUGAUUUUUAUCUGAAUCUUGUGGAUUGGUCUUCGCAUAAUGUGUUGGCUGUGGGAUUGGGCAAUUGCGUUUACUUGUGGAAUGCCUGUAGUAGCAAGGUAACUAAGUUGUGUGACUUGGGAAUUGACGACAGUGUCUGUUCAGUAGGGUGGGCUCAGCGUGGGACACAUCUUGCUGUUGGAACUAGCAAUGGAAAAGUUCAGAUUUGGGAUGCAUCUCGCUGUAAGAGGGUGAGAACUAUGGAGGGUCAUCGGUUACGUGUUGGGGCCUUAGCCUGGAGUUCAUCUCUUUUGUCUUCCGGUGGCCGCGACAAGACUAUUUUUCAACGAGAUAUACGUGCUCAGGAUGAUUUUGUUAGUAAACUCUCUGGACACAAGUCAGAGGUUUGUGGACUAAAGUGGUCAUAUGAUAAUCGUGAAUUAGCAUCAGGCGGCAAUGAUAACAGACUUUUUGUUUGGAAUCAACAUUCAACUCAACCCGUGCUGAAGUACUGUGAACAUACAGCAGCUGUAAAAGCUAUAGCAUGGUCUCCCCAUCUUCAUGGACUUCUUGCAUCGGGGGGAGGAACUGCAGACCGAUGUAUUCGUUUCUGGAAUACAACCACUAACUCACACUUGAGCUGCAUGGACACUGGAAGUCAGGUAUGCAAUCUUGUGUGGUCCAAGAAUGUCAAUGAGCUUGUAAGCACCCAUGGGUACUCACAAAACCAAAUAAUAGUUUGGAGAUAUCCUACCAUGUCAAAGUUGGCAACUCUCACGGGCCAUACAUAUCGAGUUCUCUAUCUUGCCAUCUCACCUGAUGGACAGACAAUUGUCACAGGAGCUGGAGAUGAAACACUUCGGUUUUGGAAUGUGUUCCCUUCCCCUAAAUCACAGAACACAGACAGCGAGAUCGGAGCAUCAUUUCUUGGAAGAACUACAAUUCGGUGAUCAUUGCAGGCCGUUGGCUUAUGACUUCUUUGUCAUGUGAUAAUAUAUCGCGGGGUUGGCUUAUGACUUCUUUGUCAUAUGAUUAUUUAUCUCGGGUUUGAAUUUAUCUAGCUGAAAGAGAUUCAAAUUGGUCUGCUUGGCCUAACCCUUCAUUGGUCAGAGAAUUUGCUGGGACCAAACAAGGCUAAGAUGUGAGCGGAAGUGACGGAAUAUCUUACCUUGCAAGUUGAUGAUGAUUUUGGACUUCAUAUUUUCCCACUUCAACACGUUUUAGUUUGUAUAGAGGGAGAUGUUAACCAUUUAUUUUAACAGCUCCCCUGUAUAUUUAGUUUUAACUCUAUUGGUGUAACAUGCUUUUAUGAUACUUGUAAAUAAAUCGUUACUCUGCUUUUUGGCCAAUAGUGUGGUUUUUGUCUAUUAAUGACUUCAAUUCUUCAUCA